AUGACAUGUGGUAUCUUCCUCUACCGCAAGUCACGGCUGUUCUGGACAUUUCCCGACCCCCCAGUCGGGCGUCCACCUCCAAACGACCCAUUCUACAGGCUGACGUCGGACGCUCGCAUCCAAAAUGCGCAUCUUACAGCCCGCGGUCCCUCGCCAGCGGACUACUAUCCCGUCAAGAUGCCCGACCUCACUCAGUACACGGAGACCAUGUUUCUGUUGAGAAUCCGAGACAUUGCCGGGCAACAAACUCUUGUCCGCUGGGGCGUCGAGCUAAAUCACUUGGUCGGGGCGCUGAGCGACAGGAAUGCCAACAUGAAGUUCGACGAUCUUUCCGAGCCAUGCCGCGAGUGGUUGGUGCGGAGAAUAGACCGGCAGUAUGACCUGCACAUGGAUGGCGAUCAGGGCUACCGAUUUGAACAUGAAGUCUAUGCUGUCAUGAAGGAAAAGAACGAGCUUCCGCCAUCGACCCCGGGAUGA